AUGAGUGCCAUGGAUCGUGAACAUAUCAGCGAGAAGCCGGAUACCUCGUCCUCAUCGGGCCCUCAAAAUUCGGUUCUACAGAAUGGCACAGAGGAAAAGGCUCAGACUGAGGCCAAACUUCGCCCUGAACGGACGGCGACCUUCAAGGAUUACACGAGGGUUUUCACUUAUGCCACAAAAUGGGACUUCCUCGCGUACGCCGCUGGAGUGAUUGCUUCCAUCGGUGCCGGUGUCACCCUGCCGUUGCUGAAUGUGGUUUUUGGCCAAUUCGUGGGCGAGUUCACCAGCUUAACGUCCAGUAUCAAGACUACCCAACGGCUCGCGCUUUACAUGUUCUUCCUUUUCCUUGCCCGUUUCAUUCUCAACUCGAUUAAUAAAUUCGCCUUCCGCAUGAUCGGCAUCAGGCUAUCUUCAGCUAUCCGACUACACUACCUGCAACGCCUAUUCGGUCAGAGCAUUCAUGUCCUCGAUUCUAUGCCCCCAGGCUAUGCUACCAGCACCAUCACUUCCACCGCCAACGUUCUGCAGCUAGGAAUCUCCGAAAAACUGGGCAUUUUUGUCGAGUACAAUGCCACCAUCAUUGCGGCUCUCAUUGUUGCCUUCACUAAGAACUGGUCUCUCACCUUGGUAACAGCAUCGGUCGUCUUAUUCUUGUUGCUUGUUCUUGCAGUAAUUCUUCCCUUCAUCUUGAAGGUCAACACGCGGGUUACAAGGGCCGAGGGCAAAGCGGCCGCAGUUGCCAGUGAGGCACUUGCAAGUAUCAGGAUGGUGGCCGCGUGUGGUGCAGAGACACGCAUUGCGAAGAAAUACGCUGCAUUCGUUGAGGAAACAAGGAAACACGCUCAUGUCCUUUCCCCCCUUAUCGGAAUCCAAACUGGUUUGAUCUUUUUCGGGCUGUACGCUAGUUUCGGCCUUGCCUUCUGGUACGGGGUUAAAUCUCUUGUCGAAGGAAGGGUGGGUAAUAUUGGUGACAUUCUUGUUGUGCUUCUCUCCGUCAUGAUGAUUGUCAUCUCCCUCGAACGAACCUCGACUCCUCUUAUCGCUGUUGGAAAGGCAACUGUCGCCGCCUGCGAGUUUUUCAUCGUCAUCGAUGCUCCCCAGCCGAACAAAGGCAGCCUGAAGGAGCCCGAGGUUUCAUCCACCGAGGACAUCGUUUUCGAAAACGUCACGUUUGCAUACCCGAGCCGGCCGCAUGUGCGAGUCUUAGACAAUUUGGAUUUGCGGAUUGAGGCUGGCAAGAUCAAUGCCGUGGUUGGUCCGUCUGGCUCUGGAAAAAGUACCAUUGUUGGUCUCAUUCAGAGAUGGUAUUCCCUACAGGAGCAACAUGUUCUAGCCAAGGCCAUCGAAAAGGAGAAGGAGAAUGGAAAGAAGAAGAAGAAGGAUGACGACGACGACGUAGAUGGCACACCUGAACCCGAACCCGAGGAGACGGGACCUGCUAUCGAACUCCGUGGCCGGGUUUCCACGUCAGGGCACCUCUUGGAUGAGAUCGAUCUGAAAUGGUGGAGAUCCCAGAUUGGACUUGUUCAACAGGAACCGUUCCUCUUCAACGACACGAUUUACAAGAACGUUGCUUAUGGGUUGAUUGGCACUCAGUGGGCGGACGAACCCGAAGACAAGAAACGGGAGUUGGUAAAGGAGGCGUGCAAAGAAGCCUUUGCGGAUGAGUUCAUUGAUAGACUCCCUGAUGGCUACGACACUGUGGUUGGCGACAGUGGCGCCAAGAUGUCUGGUGGUCAACGACAACGGCUGGCCAUUGCCAGAUCGAUUGUGAGGAAACCGAAGAUCCUAAUCCUUGACGAGGCUACCAGUGCUAUCGAUGUUCGUGGCGAACGAAUUGUACAGGCCGCUCUCGACAAGGUUGCUCAGAAUCGAACUACGAUCACGAUUGCCCAUCGACUCUCCACUAUCAAGAAGGCGGACCGUAUUAUUGUCCUGAAGAAGGGUAGAGUCGUCGAGUCUGGAACGCAUGAUAGCCUCAUCGCGAUCGAUGGCGGAGUUUAUUCAGGCCUUGUUCACGCUCAAUCGCUGUCGCUCGGGGAGCCCACUGACGCAGCCGAGGAGGUUGUGGACUACGCUGACAAGCCUGGAUUGGCUCGUAUCAAGAGCAUCGCAGCCUCCGAGGGCGAAGCCGGCAAAGAAACGCCCAUCGAGAAGACUCGAGGCAUCUUUAAGAGUUUUGGACGGCUGUUCUUUGAGUCCAAGAACGUGUGGCCAUUCUUUGCCAUCACAGUCGUGACUGCGGCUUGUGUAGGAGCUGCAAUCCCCCUUCAGGCGUGGCUUUUUGGCCAGAUUAUUUCUCUCACUGGAGAACUCGACAUCCUUCUCAAGAUGAGAGAGGAAAACGGAGGUACGAACGCGCAACUUAAUUCUCAAGUGGAAGAUAAACACUCGGAUGGUAACUUCUGGUCCUUGAUGUGGGUUGUCCUGGCUUGUGGAGUUGGAGUCGCGUACUUUGCCGUCAUUUACGUUGCAACUCACAUGUCCACCAUCAUCCGCGCCAAGUACCAGCAGCAAUACUUUGACGCUGUCAUGUUCCAGAAGACGUCCUUCUUUGAUCACGAAGAUCACUCACACGGCACCAUGACAUCUCGGAUCGGGCAAGAUCCGAAGCAGCUUGAGGAACUCAUGGGGAUGAACAUGGCCAGCGUCUACGUUGCUAUCUUCAACGUGGUAGGAUCCAUCGCCAUCGCAUUUGCAUUUUCGUGGAGGCUGGCCCUUGUGGCGUGCUGCGUCGUGUUGCCCGUCAUGCUCGCAUCGACGUACUGGCGCUUCAAGUACGAGAUUGACUUCGAGAAGAUGAACAAUGAGGUCUUUGCGGAGAGCUCCAAGUUCGCGUCAGAAUCUAUUGGUGCUUUCAGGACUGUGACUGCCCUGACAUUGGAGGAUUCUAUAUGUGCGAGAUACGAGACUCUGCUCAGCGAGCACGUCGUGUCGGCCUACAAGAAGGCCCGAUGGGUGAGUAUCAUCUUUGGCUUCUCAGACAGUGCAAGUAUGGCUUGCCAGGCUCUCAUCUUCUACUACGGUGGCAAGCUUGUGGCGGAGGGCACUGUAGAUGCCCUCGCGUUCUUUGUUUGCUUCAUGGCUGUGAUGCAGGGGGCAGAGGCAUCGGGUCAAGCUCUCGGUUUCGGACCCAAUGCUGCACAGGUGACGGCGGCAGCGAAUCGAAUCCUCAACAUGAGAGAAACGCGGCUUAAGGACAAGGUCUCAACAUCACAAGAGAUCCCAGACACGGAGGGUGGAAUGUCGAUUGAGCUAGACAACAUCCACUUCAAGUAUCCAUCCCGAAGCACGCCCGUGUUCAGGGGUCUCAAUCUCACCAUCCAGAAAGGCCAGUUUGCUGCCCUCGUGGGCGCAUCUGGAUGUGGAAAGACGUCGAUCGUGUCUCUUCUUGAGAGGUUCUACGAUCUAGACAAGGGCCGCAUUCUUCUUAACGGCAAAGAUGCUACAGACAUCAAUGUGUACGAGUACCGAAAGUACUUUUCCCUUGUUGCGCAAGAGGCCACUCUCUUCCAAGGUACCAUUCGGGAGAAUAUCUUGCUCGGAGUCGACCCUUCGUCCAUCACAGACGAGCAACUCCACAAGGUCUGUCGCGAUGCCUCGAUUCACGACUUUAUCGUCUCACUGCCUGAGGGCUACAACACCAAUAUUGGGUCUCGUGGAGUAUCUCUCUCCGGAGGACAGAAGCAGCGAGUGGCUAUCGCGCGUGCACUUAUCCGCGACCCCAAGGUUCUCCUGCUCGACGAAGCCACCAGUUCCCUCGACUCGGAGAGUGAGAAGCUUGUGCAGGCGGCGUUCGAAAGGGCUAGCGAGGGGCGCACGAUGCUCGUGGUGGCUCACCGAUUGGCCACGGUGCAGAAUGCGGAUGUCAUCUUUGUGUUGGGUGAUGGACAGCUGCUAGAGCAAGGAAGCCAUGCCGAGUUGUUGAAGCAGCGGGGGGUAUAUUGGCACAUGUGUCAAAGCCAGGCUCUGGAUAGAUAA